AGCAGGCGGCAGUCAUGAGAAAUACAAGAAGGUCUGUACUACUUUCAUUUUCGCAUUCUGCUACGUAUUUUUUCCAGACAGCUUUUGUCGCACUUUCAUAAACCUAUACUUUGGUGAAAACCACAUGAAAUAGUGGGAUGCUGCUGGAUUGGUGUGACCUCUGAAGUUCAUGACCUUCAGAGGGUAGCAUAUCCUGAAUCCUUCAACCCCUGUGAGUGUUAUAUUUAAGAUGGCAUCAGUCCAAGGGAAACCACGGAGAAGACUGAGCUUAGACAGUCCACCUCAUAUGAGCAGAGAAACACCACUGAGGAUUCUGGUCUUUGGCGACUCAAGUCAGAGUCAGAUCUCUCUGACACGGUCUGUGCUGGGACAAGACGUCUUUACCAGAGAUGAAGUCAAUAUUUCAGCUACCAAGAAAAGUUCAAGGGUUGUUCAGGGGAGAAACACAACCCUAGUCAAUGCACCAAAUCUUCAGGAUAAUGACUUACCGGACAAUAUACUUCAUAAGGAGCUCAGGAAGGCAGUUUGUUUCUCAUGUCCAGGUCCUCAUGCUGUGGUGUUCGUUGUAGACCCAUUUAACUUGACCCCUGACACUAUGAACAUACUGAAGCCUAUGGUGCACUUCUUUGGGGAAUGUGUCUUGAAGCACACAUUGAUUGUUUUAUACUAUGAGCAAGGCAUGAGAACGCUCUCCUUAGAAGACGAGGUAAAAAAGAAUAAGAGCUUUAGAGAGCUUGCUGAGAAAUGUAGCCAGAACUACCUCUUCUUCAAUGGAGAAGUAAACUUGCUUGAGGGUAGCCAGACACAAGCAUUGCUCAGCCAGGUGUAUGAGAUGGACUCAGAGCAUAAAAUGUUUUCAAACAUGGAAUUUAUAGAUGCCGAAAAAAGAAUUCAGAUAGAAGAGCGUUUCAUCAAAAAAUCAAAGGAGAAAGAGAUCAGGGAGACAUUGAAGGCGCUGGAGAACCAACAUUCAGGAGAAGUGCUUGCCAGUGAGAAACUGAAGUAUAAAGAAAAGAUACAGUUAGAGUGCCGAGAGAAAGCAGAGCUGGUUGUUGCAGACAAGCUUGGCUUCACAGUUAGAUUUGUUGAUUAUGCUGUUGCAGUAGGAAAAGGUGCGUUUGUUGGUGGACUCCUGGGAUUUGCAGUGGGAUAUGAAGGAAUGGCAGUGGGAGCUGCUGUUGGUGCUGGUCUAGGUGCUGUGCUUGGAGGUGCAGCUAAUGCAGCAUGGAGCUACAUUUACAAAUCCUUCACAGAUGCCCACUAAGGGGUAGGGGUGCAACGAUAAAUCAGUUCCGUGGACUGAUUCUGCGAUUUUCUGAAUGCAUGGCGAUUCUCUCUGGAAUCGACUCUGAGCUUAGUUUUUAAAAUAAUAAUUUUUCAGUUUCUUAAAUAAUCAUUCAUAAAGUUCUUAAAAGUUGAAGCGAAUUACACGAAUGUUCACAGUGGACUGUGUUUACAUUAAUCUUGCAUCAUAAAAACAUAAAAGCCGAGGUGCAAGUAGAUUUAACCACUACAUUACUCAGCCGAACGCACGAGCACCCUUCUUCGUGAGCAUUUGAGUGUGCGAUGGCCUGGAGCACCAUCUGCUGUUGAAAACUAAGCUCAGAAUCGAUUCCUGAGAAUCGCGAUGCAUGUAUCGAUUUAUCGUCCCACUCCUACUUAAGGACUACUUUGUGCAUAGUGUCGGCUUCUGACAUCCUUGGACCUCCCAUAGAUGUGUGCAUUGGGUUACUGACAAGAAAUUAUAUCUCAAUAUUUUUUGUGAUUUGUCAAUAACUAUAAUUAAGCAAUAUUAUAAUUAGUGUGAUUUUGUGCUGGUAGCUUUGCUGGUUUGGGCCUGGUAUGAAUAAAUAUACAUGACACUAAAACCGCCAGUAGGUGGUGAUAAAUCACUUAAUGACUGAUUCACUGAAUCAUUCAUUCAAACAAUUUGUUGAAAAUGGCUGGUUUAUUUAGAAAUGAGCUGCCUGUCUUAAAGGAACACUCCACUUUUUUUGAAAAUAGGCUAAUUUUUCAACUCCCCUAGAGAUUUACUGUUUUUGGAUCCAUUCAGUCAAUCUCCGGGUCUGGCGGUAGCACUUUUAGCUUAGAUUAGCAUGGAUCAUUAAAUCUGGUUAGACCAUUAGCAUCUCGCUCAAAAAUGACCGAAGAGUUUCUAUUUUUCCUAUUUAAAACUUGACUCUUCUGUAGUUACAUCGUGCACUUAGACCGAUGAAAAAUGAAAAGUUGUGAUUUUCUAGGCUGAUAUGGCUAGGAACUAUACUCUCAUAUUUUUACAUUACAUUCUCAACUUUGGAUGAACUUUUUUCUCAACUUUUGGAAUGGAUUCGAAAACAGUAAAACUCAACUGUUUAACUCUAGGGGAGUUGGAAAAUGAGAU